AUGGUGUCCUCUCAGAAUGGCUCGUUACUGCGCACUCUGUUGCUUGUCGCAGCCAAUCUUUUAAUCCCGGUCUCAAUUGUCGUCUUUGCGCUGGGCUUCUUCCCAUAUAAACCCUUUCUUCCUGGAUUGGCUGAAUUCGAGUCUCUUGAAUUUGGAUCGCCUCCUGAUGCGCCAUUUGAUCGUUUAAUAUUUAUGGUUGUCGAUGCCCUCAGAAGCGACUUUGUGUACUCGGACGCCUCGGGAUUUGAUUAUGUUCAAAGUCUCAUCCGAGAUGGCAGCGCAAUGCCUUUUACAGCCAAUGCUCGAUCACCCACAGUUACUAUGCCCAGAAUCAAGUCCAUGACAACCGGUUCAAUUCCUUCGUUUGUUGAUCUCAUUUUGAACUUCGACGAGGCAGAUACUUCGUCCACACUCGCUUCUCAAGAUACUUGGUUGGCUCAGAUUAAAGCCAAGGGCAUGGGCAAGCUUCUCAUGUACGGCGAUGACACUUGGCUGAAGCUGUUUCCCAACACUUUCGAUCGCGAAGAUGGAACUUCCAGCUUCUUUGUGGCGGACUUCACAGAGGUUGACAAUAAUGUCACCAGAAACAUUGCCCCUGAACUUGAGAACAAUGAUUGGGGUCUUAUGGUGCUUCAUUAUCUUGGUCUGGAUCAUAUCGGGCAUAAGGCUGGACCAAAGAGCUCGAAUAUGUUUCCCAAGCAGCGCGAAAUGGACGGUAUUGUUAAGACCCUUUUCGAAGCCAUGGAGUCCAAGCCUCAUUUGGACUCGACACUCCUCGUCCUUUGCGGUGAUCAUGGCAUGAACGAUGCUGGUAACCAUGGUGCUUCUUCACCCGGCGAAACCUCACCCGCCUUGGUUUUCAUGUCCCCAAAACUGAAGAAGGUCUCUCAAAAGCUUUCUGCCCCAGCUCAACCCAAGGAUGAGUUUGAUUACUACUCCAUGGUCGAGCAAUCUGACUUGGCGCCUACUAUUGCCGCCCUUCUGGGUUUCCCGGUAUCCAAGAACAAUCUGGGAGCCUUCAUCCCUGAUUUCCUCCCCUUCUGGCACAAUACCAGUGAUCAGAUUCAAAUUCUAGUUCGAAAUGCUAGACAAAUCCUCAACAUUGUCACAGCCGCUUUUGGAAGUGAGCUCUUUCACGCACCGAGUAGCGUUGACCCCUGUGCUCUUGAGCAGACCGAGAUCAACGAACUGGCAUGUCAAUGGCGAAGGAUCAACAAGGAGGCACAUGUACUCGCAGCUGGUGACAAGCUGGACCAAAAGUGGCUUGAUGACAUGUCACAGUGGCUCCGUCGAGCCCAAGAUCUCAUGAGUAGCAUGGCUUCAAACUACGACAUGCCUAAGCUUUACAUCGGCCAAGCGAUCGCUGCUGUUGCCGCUAUUGCAAGCACAGUUGUUCUUGUCAGUCUUGGGACUCAUCGAGAUGGACAAGUUCUUCCAUUCAGCCUCAUGACCUUAUCCUACGGCGCCAUGAUGUAUGCGAGUAGCUACGUCGAAGAGGAACAGCACUUUUGGUACUGGUCAUCUAGCAUUUGGCUUGUAACACAAGGAGUGCUUCAUAUCCGAAGGAGAAACAGCCUUACCAGCAUCGCUUGGGUCUUCGUUGCACUCGUGGCUUUGAGACUCACCAGGGGCUGGAAUCAGACUGGCCAGAAGUUUGCUGGAAGUCCUGACAUCGUGAAGAGCUUCGUCGUCACGCACCCUCAACUUCUCUGGGCUAUUAUCACUUUUGGAUACAUUCUCAUGUCAUUCCGCUUGCUUGCCCGUCUGAAGAGCCUCCCUUCUCUGGCUAGCACAGGUGCUACCUCAGUUCUGCUCAUGUCUGCGUAUAGCUUCAAGCUUGACUUUACGAGCGAGGAUGCCCCGGAGCUUGUUGUUGGCUUUGCUAGAAGCUUUAACGACAUGUUCGUGGGCCAGUCAUUGCUUUGGAGGGCCAGGACUGCCUUUAUUCUUCUUGGCGUCUUGUUUGGAUAUGGCAUCUAUCGGUCGUUCACCGGCGGUCGAAAUGGCCAGUUGCAGUCAGCAUAUCUUUUCCACCAUCUCUAUACCAUCUUUGGCAUGACCCAGUCUCGUGCUGCAAACAUUCCCCUCUUUCUAUUGUCUGAUAUCCUCUUCCAAGCACUCCAAGCCACCGACCUCUCCGUGACUGGAAUCACCAUCACAGCUAUUCUUCUUCAAUACACAACAUUCUUCGCCUUUGGUGGCUCGAACGCCAUCUCCUCCGUCGAUCUUUCCAGCGCAUACAACGGUAUCAGUGGCUUCAAUUUCUUUGCCGUUGGUUUUCUCACUUUGGUCAGCAACUGGGCUGGGCCAAUCUUCUGGACAUCUGCCACCAACCUUCUCCUACUGCGCAAGUACCACGACGGUCAGCGCAAUGCCUUCUGGCAAUACAUUACUUUGCAGACUGUCUUUGUCUCUGCGACAGUUUCAUUGGUCAUGGCAGCUUGCACUUCACUGAGAACUCAUCUGUUUAUUUGGACAGUUUUCUCGCCCAAGUAUCUCUACUGUAUGGCCUGGAGUCUCGGUCAACACUUGUUGAUCAACAUUGGCUUCGGUGGUCUCCUAUUUUGGUUGGGGUCGCGUAACUAG